UGGCAGCUUGUGUAGUGUUGUUACUGUCUCCAUCGACGGCCAUAGGCGGAGGAAGGAAAGGAAAAGGGGAGGGAAGAGAAGAGAAAGAGGGGAUCUUGCUCCAUCAAAACCAAACCCUAACUAGGUUUCAUACACUUCAAGCUGAGCAGAUCCCCUGCAUAAUUCUAUGGCUCAAGAACCCUCAUCAUCCACAUCCCAAACCCUAGAUGACGAUCUUCACCAACCUCCUCCAAAUUCUACUGAUUCCAACAACCCUUCCCUCACACGUAACGUAUCCUCCAGCCGGCUUAACGCUAAGGCACCGGAGUUUGUUCCUCGCACCACCACUACCGCCGCUUCUCCUUCCUCAUCCUCUGCUACUACUACUACUACCACUACUGUUACUAGUCGUGUUGAUCUCUCUCAGCCUCGGCUGGUUAUCUCUCCUCCUCCCACAUCUCCCGGGAUAAUUCAUGUAUAUCCUUCACCUAAUUCUCCUUUUCAUGCUCCGAUCCCUACCCAUGUUCCCGUUUCUGUCCCUGUCCAAAACCAUCAUCCGCAUCAUCACCAUCAUCAUGUUCCGCUUCAGUUUCAUCACCACCAACAUCAUAAUCCUAAUCAUCAACGACCCUUUAAUGGCGCCACGGGCUUUCUUGAUCAUAAAGACGUGUCGGUUCAAGUUCCGCGUGGAGAUCCAGAUUCAAAAGAUGGUCUCACUGACGAAGCUACUCAAAAGAUUCUUAAUCAGGUGGAGUAUUAUUUCAGUGAUAUAAAUUUGGCCACUACUGAUCAUUUAAUGAGGUUCAUCAACAAAGAUCCUGAAGGGUAUGUGCCAAUAUCUGUUGUCGUGUCUUUCAAGAAGAUCAAAGCCCUUGUUAGCAGUAAUGCCCAGCUUGCUAGCAUACUGCGUAGUUCUGCAAAACUGGUGGUUAGUGAAGAUGGGAAGAAAGUCAAACGUCAACAUCCGCUGACCGAGUCAGACAUGGAAGAGCUGCAAUCUCGCAUAAUUGUUGCUGAAAAUUUGCCUGAGGACCAUUGCCAUCAGAAUCUAAUGAAGGUUUUCUCAACUGUUGGGAGUGUAAAGACAAUUCGUACUUGUCAGCCCCAAACUUCCAAUGGCGGGACAUCUUCAUCGUCAAGAGCAGCAAAAGCAGAUGGUAUGCUCUUCAGUAACAAGUUGCAUGCUUUUGUGGAAUAUGAGUCCAUUGAGCUUGCCGAGAAAGCAGUUCUGGAGCUAAACAAAGAGGGUAACUGGCGGAAUGGUUUGAGAGUUCGUUUACUGAGACGCCCGCCCCAGGGAAAACCUGCUCAAGGACGUGGAAAGAAAACAGGGCAGGAAGAUGAAGUUGUCAAUAAGGAAGAUGACACAUCUACGUCUGAGCAACAUCAACUGAAUGAGAAACAUUUAGAUGACACUUACCAACAAUCUGAAGUCCAGUCAAACGAGAAUGUUCAGGGGGAAGAUCACUCAAAUGAAAAGGAGGGCGGGCAUAAGAAAUUGCGCAAUCGUGGCAGGGGCAAGGGACGUGGGCGACCUCAAUAUAACCAUCAUAACAACCGGGGGACUCAUAUGGUGACACCACCUUCAACUAAUUGCGUGAACACUGAGCAUCCAGUGAUCGGAAAGCAACCUCCAGGGCCUCGAAUGCCAGAUGGUACCAGAGGGUUCUCCAUGGGCCGAGGAAAGGCAGUCGCUGUUCCUGAUGACAGUAGUGUAUCGUGAUGACAUAAUCAAAGAGAAGCAGGAGCAGUUGAAAUGGGGGAGAUGGGUUGGUUACAAUAAUCUUGUUGAAUGUUGGGACCAAGGAUGGGAGAGUAGUUCUUUUAUUUCUUCUUGUGGUUGAGAGUGUUGUGUAUUCUAAAGUAAGGAUGAUAUUGGUAAAAGUAAAACAGAUGUGGGUUUUUUGAUACUGUUUUAGAUGAUGAUGAUGGUGAUGUGUUUCUUGUUUGUUAAUGUAGAAUGGAAAAAGAAAGAUAAGGGGGGAUGUAACUUGAAAUGAAGUGAAGAAAGAGGAUGGUUGGCUUAA